UGCGGAGAGCGUCCAGGAAUUGUUGGUGCUCGUUCGCGUGACUGAACCCUGUGAUUCUACGACCAUUUCUCUGGUAGUGUGAAGUGCCUAAGGAAGUGCAAGUGGCAGGGAACGGUUUAGGCAAGAAUUUACCAACUAACAUGGAGAUGCCGUGGAGAAAUGCGCUGGCGGACCUGUCGACCUUCCCGAGCACGAGGACGCGGAUUCUGUUUGCCGCUGUGUAUUUCAUCUGGAUCGCUGGAAGCGCCUGCGCCACUGAGACCCUUCAGGAACCGCGAUUCACCACUCAGCCAUCCAGCAGCGGCAAUAUUCUUAGCGAGAAUCGAACGAAAUUUCUGCAGUGUCAAGCGAGAGGGUACCCUCAGCCGAAAUACAAAUGGUUCAAGGAUGGCGUACCUCUCACGAACGAGCUCACCUCGGAGCCGUAUUUUCGAAUACAAAGUACACGAAGGGAGGAUGCAGGUGUCUAUCACUGUGUCGCGACGAACGACGUGGGGUCAAUAUUUAGCGAAAGAAUUACAUUCGCGGUAGCGUAUAUGGGGCUGUUCGAGGAUCUAACCGAGAGGAUAGUGACCGUGAAAUCUGGCAGCGCAGCUGUCUUAACACCGCCACCGGUCGAGAGUCAUCCCGCACCUGUUGUCACCUGGGUUAUGUCCGAUAGAUCAUCGUUGUACGGUAUUAAAUACGCAUCGGUGGGCCAUACGUUACUGAUCUUGAACGCGUCCGACACCGACGAGGGCUUGUACAGGGCCCGAACCAUCAACACGCAAUGAGGGAAAGAAGAGUACAGCCCGUUCUUCAAGCUACAGGUCACUGGAGACGCGAACGUAGAGGUGGCGCCAGCUAUCAUAGUGAAACCGCAGGACACGCAGAUAAUCAAAGAUCAACAUGUCACUUAUAUUCAUUGUAUAGCAAACGCUAGAUCCCUUCAUGAGCUAAGAACUUUGUGGACAAAGGACGGGAUACCUAUUGAAAACUCUAGGAUAACGUAUAGCUUUCAUGACACUUGGAAUAGGACUCUAGCGUUAAUGUCCGCGAACAUAACUUAUACUGGUGUCUAUUCCUGUCACGUGGAUCUGAGGAGCGGUGGAUACCCUACUGUGAAUGCUAGUGCAAAUGUUGUUGUGUAUGAAAAGCCAACGUUCAUAACGGAAUUAAAAAGAGAGACUCUGAGCGAUUAUGGUUCAACUGUAACGUUACCGUGCGAUGCUAUUGGCGUUCCUGCGCCUAAUAUCACGUGGUACCGCAACGCAGAGUCUGUCGACCAUCUUCUUGGAUCUAGGUACGCGAUGGAAGAGGAUGGAUCGUUGACUAUUAAAAAGUUGACUAUGAACGAUUCAGGAAUGUUUCAGUGCCUUGCUUCUAACGAAGCCGGCGAAGCGUCCAGUCAUACCUGGUUGAAAGCUAAAACGUCCGGACCAAUCAUGGAAAAUGGACCCCAAAACUUAACUAUAUUAGAUGGUAAAGAUGCAACCUUAACGUGCAAUGCUGUGGCAGCUCCAAUACCUAAUACUACAUGGAUAUAUAAUGAUACGGUUCCUGUGGAAAUCGCCGGAAGAGUACAAGUUUUAGAUAACGGGGAUCUCUUAAUCGCCGCUGUGAAACCAAAUGAUGCAGGAAAAUACACUUGUAUUAGAGCGAAUGAGGCUGGUUCUGUCAACGGUUCUGCAUAUGUUACUGUUUUAGUACGAACACAGAUCGUUCAACCACCUGUUGACACCUCUGUGCUUCUUGGGUACACUGCGGAGCUACAAUGUAAAGUUUCCAACGAUCCCAGCGUUUUGUACGACAUAGCCUGGUUUCACAAUUCACAAGUAAUAAAUACGCAUGCCAGUCAAAGAGUCAAAAUGCGUAGCGACGGCACGUUGGAAAUAGUUGCUGUUCGUGCCUCCGAUGUGGGCGAUUACAUGUGUUCAGUGGUCUCCCCGGGCGGGAACGAAACUCGAACAGCUCGUCUUAGCGUGAUCGAGUUACCAUUUGCGCCAAUCAAUGUCAUGGCCAGUCGGGUCGAGAAGAUUUCACCGCGCACUAUAAAUGUCAGUUGGGUCCCAGGUUUUGACGGGAACAGUCCCACUAAGAAAUUCAUAAUUCAAAGAAGAGAAGUUUCUGAUCUCGGGCCGAUUCCUGACUCGGCGUUGAAUUGGAUCACCGAGAACGAUAACGUCUCGGCGCAGAGUCGUUGGGUAUUAUUGAAUAACCUCAAAGCCGCUGCUGCUUACCAGUUCAGAGUGAGCGCAGAGAAUAGUGUCGGUGAAGGGCCACCCUCUGAUCCAAGCAACGUAGUGGCACUUCCUCAAGAACCUCCAAGCGGACCACCAGUUGGAUUUGUCGGUUCAGCUCGGUCAUCCUCUGAGAUAAUAACGCAGUGGCAGCUUCCGUUGGAAGAAUAUCGAAACGGCCAUAUAUUAGGAUAUAUAUUACGGUAUAGAUUGUUCGGUUACAACGACAGCCCCUGGACUAUUCAAAAUAUCACCAACGAAGCGCAAAGGAACUAUCUGAUCACCGAUUUAAUAACAUGGAAAGACUAUAUCGUGCAGAUUGCGGCGUAUAACGACAAAGGUGUCGGUAUGUUCACCGAGGGGCUGAAAAUCAAAACUAAAGAAGGAGUACCAGAAGCUCCGCCAACGAACAUAAGGGCGAAGCCCAUUAACUCGACGGCGAUCAUGGUUUGGUGGAAACCGCCGAAUCCGCAGAAGAUCAAUGGUAUAAAUCAGGGCUACAAAUUACAAGCGUGGAUCACACAUAACUCUACCGAGCCGAGCGAAUACAAGUCAAUGUCAGUGCCACCCAGCUUGUUUGAUCCUCUCGCCGAGCAAAGUGCCAUUCUGACCGGUUUAAAGAAAUACACGAUCUAUAAUGUAACAGUAUUAUGCUUCACCGAUCCCGGUGACGGCGAACGGAGUUCGCCCGUUCAGAUACGUACACGCGAGGACGUGCCCGAGGAAGUGGAAAAUUUGCAGUUCGAGGAUAUCAGUGAUCGUUCGCUCACGGUCAAGUGGAGUCCCCCGCAAGAGAUUAAUGGAAUUCUCACUUGUUACCAGUUAAAGUAUAUGAUCAAAGAUGGCCCGGAGUCUUUGAGGGCAGUAAAUUUCACCGCCGACGUUCUCUCGGAUAAAAUCGAACAUUUGCAAGCGAUGACCCAUUACAAGUUCGAGGUAACUGCUUGGACCUCAGUGGGUCCCGGUAAACCGAAAAUCGCCGUCAUUCAAUCAGGCGUCGAACCCGUCCUACCGGAACCGCCCACUAAAUUGGCACUAUCCAAUAUAGACGCGUUUUCCGUGGUGCUCCAAUUCACGCCGGGAUUCGACGGUAACUCGUCCAUAACCAAAUGGACGGUACAAGCGCAGACAACUCGAAAUACCACGUGGUACAAUAUAUACGAAGUCUCGGAUCCUGAUGCUAGUACAAUCACUGUCGGUGGCCUGAUACCGUUCAUGCAGUAUACGUUACGAUUAAUCGCUAAUAAUGUCGUCGGUGCUUCACAACCCUCGGAGCCAACGAAAGAAUUCCAGACGAUUCAGGCGCCACCCUCGCAUCCUCCUAGAAAUGUUACGGUCCGUGCAAUGAGCGCUACAGAAUUACGGGUCCGAUGGAUUCCAUUACAGCAGAUAGAAUGGUACGGUAACCCGAGAGGAUAUAACGUCACUUACACGGAAGUAAGGACGAACAUAUCGAAAAGCAUAACCAUAGACGAUCACACGGCGAAUUCUUACGUGUUAGAAAAUAUGGAAGAGUAUGCCCUCUACGAAAUUGUGAUGCAGGCGUUUAAUGACGUUGGAUCCUCUGCACUGAGUCCUAAAGCUGUUGAAAGAACUCGUGAAUCAGUUCCUUCUAUGGGACCCAUUAAUGUAGAGGCAAACGCAACUUCUUCUACAACUAUAUUAGUAAAAUGGGGCGAUGUCCCUAUAGAGCAUCAGAACGGACAAAUAGAAGGGUUCAAAGUCUAUUACGGUGCAAACGCUAGAUCAGCAUUCCAGUAUAAAAACAUUCCUAGUAACACUACUUUUACGACAACUUUGACAGAGCUUAGAAAGUUCGUUCAGUAUCACGUACAAGUAUUAGCUUUUACAAGACUCGGCGAUGGCACAUUGAGCACACCUCCAGUUAGAGUACAAACUUUCGAAGACGCUCCUGGCCCCCCAUCGAAUGUAUCGUUUCCUGAUGUAAGCCUCACUACUGCUCGCAUCAUUUGGGAUACUCCGGAAGAUCCAAACGGAGAGAUUUUAGCGUAUAAAGUUAUGUUUCAUUUAAAUAAUAGCCAAGAUCACCAAUUUUCCAAAGAAUUUCCUGCAUCUGAUCGAACAUUCAGAGCCACUGGUCUGGAGUCAGAAAAGUAUUAUAUGUUCUCUGUAACGGCGCAAACAAGACUAGGCUGGGGUAAAACAGCUUAUGCUCUUGUUUUCACUACCAAUAACAGGGAACGACCUCAGGCUCCGUCAAUGCCUCAAGUAAGCAGAUCGCAAGUACAAAGUCGACAAAUAACAUUCACCUGGACACCUGGUCGCGAUGGAUUCGCUCCGCUACGUUACUACACAGUGCAACAGUCAGAGAAUUCAGGACCUUUCCAAACUAUCCCUGAAAGGGUGGAGCCAACAUUAACGUCGUACACAGCGAACGAUUUAAAACCAUUUACAUUUUAUCAGUUCCGAAUACAAGCCACGAACGACAUCGGUCCUUCAACUUGGAGUACAGAGUCUGUUCAGGUUCAAACUUUACCGGCAGCGCCCUCUCGUGGGGUCACUGGCCUGAAAGUUGUACCAAUAACAACAUCCAGUAUAGAGGUUCAUUGGAACGCGAUAGACGAAGUAUACUGGAGUGGAGAUCAUGAAACAGGUGGCUACCGCGUCAUCUAUCAGCCUGUUUCUGAUUUUCCAACGGCUCUUCAAGAUACACCAAAGGAAGAAAUUCUAGGAAUAAAGGCCACGAAAAUUGUCUUAAGCGAUUUAACCGAGGAUAGAUACUAUGAAGUAGUUGUACUACCUUUCAACUCUGAAGGGGAAGGUCCGUCGAGUCCGCCCGUGACCGUAUAUGUCGGAGAAGCAGUUCCUACUGGAGAACCGCAACAUUUGAAAGCGGAACCGAUCUCUUCGACGGAAGUUCAAUUACGCUGGAAACCACCUCAAGCUAAUAUGCAAAACGGAGAUUUAUUAGGAUAUAAAAUCUUUUAUUUUGUCACUGAUUCACCACAACAAUUAGAGAAGAAACAAGAGGAGGAAAUAGAAGUUGUGCCAGCAUCGUACUUAACACAUAGCUUAGUUUUCCUGGACAAGUAUACGGAAUAUCGUAUUCAAGUAUUAGCAUUCAAUCCUGCCGGUGAUGGUCCAAGAUCUCCCCCAAUCACUGUCAGAACUAAACAGGAUAUACCAGGUCCACCUUACAACCUACAAUUCUCAGAAAUUACAAUGACGAGUCUUCGUGUUUCUUGGGAAGCACCGAAGUCACGAAACGGCGAAAUAAUUGGUUACAUUGUCACUUAUGAAACAGCGGAACAAAACGAUCGUUUCAGUAAACAAGUUAAACAGAAAGUAACAGAGACCAGUUUACUGAUCCAACCUCUUGAAGAGGAGGAAACGUAUACUUUUAUGGUUCGAGCACAGACCAUUGACUUUGGUCCACCCAUAUCUGGGAAUGUCACGACCGGACCACAAGAAGGUUCGCCAAUGGUACCUAGCAAUCUUGCUGUCACGAAAACAGUGUCUAGCGUUGAACUACAGUGGACCAAUGGUGCUUCUGGAAAAGGGCCCAUUUUAGGAUACUACAUUGAAACACGUCGAAAAGAUGACAGUCGUUGGCAGACAAUAGUGCGCAGUAGUAAUGGGCCGUUAACGGAAUAUUCUGUAUCGUAUCAAAAUCUGCUGCCAUCCACGUCGUAUCUCUUCAGGGUGAUAUCAUACAAUCGUUAUGGAAUUAGUUAUCCGGCAUAUUCUACAGAAACGAUAUUGACUCCGUCAAAGCUGUACCUUGAAUAUGCAUACCUACAACACAGACCAUUCUACAGACAAACUUGGUUCAUGGUAACUCUAGCUGCUGCUUCAAUUAUAAUCAUCAUAAUGGUGAUAGCGGUGCUGUGUGUGAAAAGCAAAAGUUACAAAUAUAAACAAGAAGCACAAAAGACACUCGAGGAGUCCAUGGCAAUGGACACAGACGACCGACAGGAGUCUGACUUAGAACUUUAUAGAUCAAGGCAAGGAAGCGGUGCGAUCAACCUGGCUAGCGGUUGCGGUACUUUAGGAAAACGGAGCACUUUAGCGAGAAAAUCCAUGCACCCGCCUCCACCGACGAUGUUAGGUAAAUCACCUCCUAGACCAUCCCCGGCUUCUGUCGCUUAUCACAGCGACGAGGAGAGUUUGAAGGGAUACGAUGAAAAUCCUGAUGAUAGUAGUGUUACGGAAAAGCCUUCCGAAAUUAGUUCAACGGAUUCGCAGGGAUCCGAAAGUGAGAAUGAAAGCGUCCAAUCGGACCCACAUUCCUUUGUAAAUCAUUACGCUAAUGUAAAUGAUUCUUUAAGACAGUCGUGGAAACGACAGAAACCAGUUAGAAACUAUUCAUCGUACACUGACUCCGAACCCGAGGGUAGUGCUGUUGUCAGCUUAAACGGUGGUCAAAUUAUUAUGAACAAUAUGGCGAGGUCUAGGGCGCCAUUGCCUGGUUUCUCGUCGUUCGUAUAAAUGAUUCUUUUUUAUAUUGACGAAGUAAAGCUUUUAUUAAGUAGAUAGGGUGCCGGUUUAGCGUGACGACGCGCUGUUUGAAAUCGUUGUGCGAUCGACUAAGUUAAAAUCAAUUUGUGCUGAGGGCAGGAUUAUUUAAUGAAAUUGUUGCACUGGGAACGAGAUAUGAAAAUUGCUAGAUACAUAAGAUACGAGACUGGUUGUUGAAAUUUUGAUCGUUCCCGCGGAGUAGUGGGUAGAUUGUUAGAAUUUUUUUAUAACUCAGCACUGAAAUUGAUAUACACAGAGUUAAAGACUUAUGUUGAAACACGUGUUCGGAAACUGUUUCACACGCGCUAACAUUUCGUAUAGUAAUUUUAAAUGCUUCUGG